AUGAAUCUCAGUGCAGCCAUUGACAAUAAUAUUCUCAAAUUCUCUUAUCCACGCCACCAUAACACCAAUUCGGAGUCGGCAGCGCCAUCCUACCGCCCAAGAGGACCUAUGCAAUCCAUUCCUCGUGCAGUACAUGCCCAUAGCGCCUCGACGGGGAGCGCAACCUCUGACAUUACGAUUGGCACUCCUGACGUCGCCAACCCAAGUGGUCACACACGCAGCGGGAGCGCAUCCGUUUCCAUGAGCAAAAUGUUCAGCUCCAACCCAUUCAAACACGUACGAAACCACAGUAACCAAUGUCUCGCAACCAUGUCGCCGCAGGACGUGAUUGCGCGUAUUCUCGCCCAGGACGAGAUCCCCCGCGGCACCUUUCUCGCUUCCGAGCGGGAGAAAGACUUGGCGAAGAAUGGCGGGUGCGCAGGCGGGUUGGCGCGUCGGUAUCCCGAACGCCUCGAUAGCCGACGUGCACUCUUGUCCAUGGCGAAUGGUGCUAAAGCUCCGAUUGUUCUUCGAGGACCGAGUCCGACGCGGGGGUCGCCUUGCAAUGCUCGAAAGGGGCAGACAACCAAUUGCCAGUUUGAGGCUGCGGUUCCUUUAGCACCUGUACCUCCUGUCCCCAGCGCUGGCACUUAUGCUCAGAAGCAACUCCCUCCGACGCCGCCUUUGUCCAUUUUGAGCGGCGUCGAGCUCUCGCCUUCGUCGGCAUUGAUUGCGAUGUAUGCGUGCACUCUAUCGCCGAUGCAAGAUGAUGCCUGCAAGCUCCCUUCAGUGCCCGAGAAGAAGUCUACUAUCCCCCCUACGAAGCCACUCAACCUUGGGCUUGCCCGACCUACCAUCACCACUACCGUCACCGCUACGGCAUCGUCAGAAACCAAGCGAUUCUCGCGUAUCCUCCAAACUGCUGUUCCUGCAAAAGUAGUCAAGAGGCGAACAAAUGUUCCCGCUCCAAUUCGUCCACCUCAUUUCCGUGGGCCUCGCGCAUUCAACGCACCUCUGAGUGCGACGAGCAGUGAGUCCUCCGAGGACGAAAGUAGCUUUUUGGCACUCGACUUUCCUCUACCGCCUCAAACCCGCCAGGACAAGGCAGUUUCCGCCUCGAAGGAGCCCUUGACAGACAAGGUUGUCGUUGUCACUGCACCGGAACCGACACCCAUGGGUGACUUGUCCAUUACACCUCUGGAUAUCCCAGUUGACUGGGAUGACUUGCACGACCGUUGGACAUCGCCAGUGAUCAACCUCCAUCAAGAUGCCAUGCUAGCCGAUUUGCUCAGCGAGACCAUGGACCUACCUCGCACUGAUCCUACUAGUGUAGUGCUCGUCGACAGUGAUCAAGAAGACUCGGACGUGCUGCUCGCAUUCCAAGACGAUGUAGCCAGCCUGUUUGCACGUUCGCCGACGGUCGACGUGCGGACGCUGGAUCAGGACGAAGAGGAUAUUAUGGAUCGGCAUUUAGAGCCGAGCGCUAUGCCGAUUCCGUGCGAGCCGGAGGAAGCGGAGGAAGUAGAGGAAGGGGACCCCUGUGAACCGGUGGGUCGGGAAAAGAGGCAUGGAAGGGUGCUGGUCACAAAGGAGAUUAAGCUCUGCCUGGACGUGGAUAUUGCACAGACAAUCGAACAGGAAGAGCAGCGGCGGCGGCGGCGCAAGUCUGAAGUGUACGUGGCUGGCGAGUCAUUUUUAAUGAUGGCGUCUCCCCUGAGCCCGGAGAGUUCAUAUGGUAGUAGUAGUAGGACCAGCUAUUUGUGGUAA